AUGAUUGUGCCGACAUUCAAAGCUCGCUCCACUUCACCAGCGGUGUGGAGGCCAGGGGCCUCACCGCCAGCGCCGAGGGGCUCGCCCAGCGAGUCGUCGAGCGCCGCGCGAAGCCCCAGCGCUCCGCCGCCGCCGCCACCACCGCCUGUUUGGACGCCCACUGCCUCGCCCCAGACGCCCCGCAAAACGUUCCGUCCCGUUCACUUCGAGGACACACCACCCGCCCGCCGCAAAUUUACGAGUGGUGAGCAAAACGGCUGCACAAGUGGUUCGGAGACUGAGGGCCGGCUAAGGACCUCCCAGAGUGCACCCGCAACCGGAUUGAGUGCAUUAGGAGGAACGUCUUCAAGCCGCCUACCAAGAGCUCAAAACCCUACCGUCACAUUACUACAAAAGGCACGAGAAAAUCAAUUGUCGCGAGCGCCCAAUAAUAUUCACGAAAGAGAUCCUCGACUUCCUCGAGAUAGGCCCUCUCCACCGAUAGGCGAUCCAGUACAUGCAUUACGUAAAGGUUACCUCAGCGAAGGAGAAGUCGACAGGGGCGACUACGUUCACGGCGGCAGCCAUAAGAUGGCCGAGGCCACCAGAAAAAUAGAAGGAAUAGGACCCACAACCAAAGAAGGAAUGCCGGUUGCGCUCAGAUCUGAAGUCAAAGAUCCAUCGCGGUGGUACAAAAAAAUGUACGAUACGAUACACAAAAACAAAUACGACGACGAUUAUGUGACUAUUCGAUACAAAAAUCGUCAAGGUCAACCACCAUUAAGAGUGUCGAGCAGUAAAUCUCAGUACGCGUACUUCGAUCCACGUUCUGGUUAUUUGAGUGAGCCGGAGGGCGGGCGCAAUCGACUUGGUUCCAGUACUUGGAGCGACGCAUAUGAUAGCGAUGCUACUACAGGACCUAGAAGAAGAACUGCUUCCGUACAAGAAGACAGAAGGGACGACGCGUUCUCAUCGUAUAUAUCUAACAAUAAGUAUAGUACACUGGCAUCAGCGAGAGCUAGUCAAGAAAUUUACAAAAACCAACCUGGGAGAAUAGAAAAUUAUGUACCUGGAAAAUCGUCUGUAGUUGAUAAGGAAGCAAAACAGUGGUGGGACGAGGUCAUGGACAUUUUUGAUGGGCAAAAUAUAUCAAGCACCACGUCUCUACAGCAAACGUCGCCAAAGGAAAAGAAGGAUCUCACAUCAACCAUAUUAUCGAAAUCUAACAUGGCAAGGGCCUUAAAAGAGUCCGGCUAUGAGUCAGACUCUACGCUAGUAUUCCGUCGCCGGGAAGAGAACGAUGCGCCGCUAUCACCAGCAGAACGACGUGCCGCGUAUAGAGAUCUACAGGCAGGAGGAGAACCUCCUCUAAGAGGAUUCCGUUCGCCUGCUCCACCUAGACAAGAUGAAUCGGAAAUUGAAUAUAUUCCGAUUUCUUCCACUCUGACGAAGAUACGAGUUCAUAAAAAAGCACCCCACCAGCACGAAGUUGUUUGCUAUCCUAUGAAGAGCGAAGUUAUUACAACUAGAAAUAAAAGACAACUAAAUAGACCAGAUAUAAUGAGCAAUUGUCCUCCGGCGCCACCUAGAAGGAUAUCAUCAAAAAACAGCAAUACCCUGAAACUAGUAACUUCCACUAGGCAUUUGUCAAUAUCACCCAACAGACAAUUGGCACAGCGGAACAAUCAAGAAGAAUCAAAUAUAAAUUUUCUUAAAAAGGAACUGAGUCAUAAAAUAAAUAGACAAAAUACACAAAUAAUAUCAAAAAAAGGAUCUGCUGAUACUAAAACAGAUACUAGUAAUUUAUCUAAGCGCAGAGCAAUGUCCACUUCUGCACCUCCAUCCGUAAAUAGAAGAAACAUUCAUAUAAAUCCAACAAAUUCCAUAACAAAAAAAAUUAUUACUGAAAGAGGCACAAGCAGUUUUAGUUCACCUCGAAGAACCUUACAACCUACAGAGUACGCUACGCGAAAUAAAUGCGUAAAUUCGCAACCAUCAGUUAUAAUUGAAAAUGGAGCUGGAAGAAAAACGCCUAUCACUAAUAUUUUAGAAAAAGUUACAUCUUUAGAUAAAUUAUGGAGUUCACAGAAAAGAAAUGAACGACUAGACUUAACAAAACAAACUGAAAAAUAUACUAACAAAAUACCCGUUGUUUCGACUUUGAAAUCGAGUCCUAAUAAAUCUUUAAUUUUCGCGGGAAAUAAGGUAUUACCAAAAAAUGUCACACACAAGAGUAGGGACAUGGUUCGUACAUCUGAAAAAAUACAAAAACUCAAAGCUAUUAAUACCCUAUCUAAUACUAAUGUUUCAUUAAAUGAUAUCAAUAAAUCAAAAUUACAACUUACAACAAUGUCAAAUAUUUCAAAGUCAACUUCGCAUAUUCCAUCCAUUCCGAAGAAACCUAACAGUGUAAAAACAGCAGUUGUAACAAAUCUAAAAAAGAAAAAAAAUUUAGAAAGUGUUAUUAUAAAGCCAAGAAGUGUACCUUGUCAUGAAGCAUGUAACAAAAAAUCAAAAGGUAUUGUAACAAAAAAGGAAGGAAAGACAAAAUGCGAUAAGAAGAAUAUUAAAAUCUCUGUGAACCAAGAAGAUGUAGAUUCAAGAAACCAAUCUGGAAAUAUUGUGAGUGAACCUUGUAAUGCAGUUUAUUUGAGAGACAUAACAUAUCAACACAUAAAUUCAAAGGAAUUGGAAAAAACCCGAGACUCAGUUCUAUCUAAUUCCUUUUUUCAACAUCUUUUUCUAGGAAAUUCAUCUUUCUUUAUAAAAUCUGAAACAGAACAUAGUAAAAAAAACUCGGUUCUACAAAAAGCGAAACAAUUUCAAUCAUUGCCGCAUGUAAAUCAAAAUUCACCUAACUCGUUAAAUACAUAUUUAAUACAUCGAAAGCCAGUUUCUCUUUCGCGUUUUAAAAUAUGGGACAAACAUUUUAGUCCUGUACGAAUCACGGGACCUCGAUCGGUUUCAUGGCCAGGUAAAAUGGAUGGUGAAAUACACAAACUUCCAAGCUUGUCGAAAUGGGACGGAUUUGGAUCAGUAUCAUCUUUAUCAACCGUUCGAAGUAGAAGCGAGCCUCCUGCAAAUAAAAUAUAUUUUUCUCAAACUUCAAGGCCUUUAUCACCUAACGUUAUUUUUCAUAGAAAAGAAACGCCAGAAAAUAAAAUAAAGAGCACAUAUGUAUCUUCUUCUAAGACGCUAAACUUACAGUCAACUUCUCCUAAAAGCAUAUUCAUUAUUCCACAGCAUUCUAAAACACCAUCACCAAAUCGAGUCAAUAUUGCUAGAAAAUCAAAAUCUGAUUGUUCCAAGAAUGUGCAAAAGCCCAUAAAAAUAAAUAAAUCUGAAGAUGAUACUUGCCCUACUACAAUUUUCUUUUCACAAACUUCAAGACCAGCAUCUCCAAAAGUCAUAAAAAGCAUUAUUUGCCAAAAUAGGAGUCAAUCAACAUCACCGGUUGCUUUUAGGUCCCCCUCAUACCGACGUAUCCACAACGCUAGAAUACUAAAUAAACAAGUAUCUGAAAUUUCUCUUACAAAAGAAUAUAGAACGAGAAGUGCCGACGAAUACGAAAAAAAAGAACUUAAUAAAAACGAUUCGUUUAGAACAAAAAAAGACUUAAAUUUAUACGCAAGUGACCCUGAAUAUUGCGAAUAUAUUCAAGACAUACAAAACUGUAAGCCUAGAACUGAAAGAUUUCGAGAACUUAACAGAUAUUAUACAUAUUUAGAACGAGUAGCUGAACUUGAAAAGGCUACAUCUACCUGUGAUUUACGACAUAGAAGAAAAGACGAAGAAAUCGUUGAUUUUGACCGUUGGAAAAAAAUACGUGCAAUAGAAAGGGCAGAAGAAGAGCUAAAUAAUCUUUAUCAUAAAUUAAAAUUGGCACAGAGUGAGAAUAAUUUUCUUUUUAACCCAAAAGAUUUAAAUGAUUUUCGAUGGAAUUCAGGAAAGGAACGAGGACUUAGAGUGAAAGAAAAAUCUGUAGAGAAUCUGAAAGAAGAAUUUGAAAAAAAGCCUGAGUUGGAAUUAAGUGGUCAGUUAAAUCAGUCAAAAGAUAAUUAUAAGCCUUUUUGGAGGGGAACUAGCGUUGCUGAAACCGCGUUCAAUAUAAACAGAAAAAAUGUAACAAAUAUAAAUCAACAUCAUGCAACGGUAAAACCUACCAUCACACUCCUACAGGAUUCUUCACUAAGUGAACUACAGAAAAAAAUAGGGUUGGGUAAUGGCUUAUGGAGCAGUUUAUCUAUGGAACAAGUAAAUGCUUUAAAACAUCAACUAAACGCAAUAUAUAGUAGAGAAGUAGAGACAAAAACAAACAAAGAUAGUGAUAAAUAUAGUGUUGAAGUCGAGAAUACAAAUUGUUCAAAAAGACCAACAUUGCACGUAAGAUGUAACUCUUUAGUAACACCCCCUACUGCUUCUAAACUUGGGCUCGAAUUAUGUAAAUCAGAUUCUAUAGCUGCAAUUACUUGCCCGGUGCCAUCGAUAAAAGAGUUAAAAAACAAUGUUAAUAAAAUUCAAAUGACUCUCAGUGAAAUUGAAAAAAAAAAGAUAUCUCAAUCAUUGAGCAAGGAAAUCUUGAACAGAAUAAACAAGAAAGAAAAUGUUUUAACAAUUUCUUUAAAUAAAGAUCACAAUACUGAUUCAAAAAAUGCCCAAUUUGUAUCACAAGAUAACGAUUUACUUGAAACUAAAGAAAAUCAAGAUUUAAAUUUGUGCGACACAGGGACAAAAGGGAGAGCAGAUGAUAUAAAAAUACAUGUACAUCCAACAGAUAAAAGUGAAUUUAAUUAUCAGUCUUCAACUAGCGAAACAGAAACUGGAAGUUCAGAUCUUUCUAACAAAACUGUAAUUUUUAAAGGUCCAAGUAAAGAAGUUUUAAGAAAAGUCGAGUAUUUUGAAUCUGUUAACAAUCUAGUAAAUAAACCAAAAACCACAUAUCAUGCGAGUGAAAAUUCUGAUGAAAAAAAUACUGCAGUGCAUUCAAAUAUAUCGUUUGAUGUUAAAAAUAAUGAACUGCAACUUAAACAAAUAUCACAAUCCCAGUCCUGUACUAAUUUGAAAGAAAUGUUUGGUGAAUGUGAAAAAAAUAAAUUUUUAUCUUUGCCAUCCAAACCUGACCUACAUUCAAGAUCGUCUUCGCUUUGUUCGGAAGUAUGCAUUAGCGAUAGACGCACGCCUGACACGCUACGUUAUUCAAGCGACGAGGCAAUGUGGCGCAGUCGUACUCCAUCGCCCGAUGCAGAGCGAUAUUGGCGUACUUAUAUAAAACUGGCGCGUGCCGGGGAAGUACGUCGCAUUGCACGACGUUUCGACUCGCCAUCAGCGGCUGGAGCAGUACUACGCAGAUACCGAAGUGAUCCAGAAAUCGCUCGAAAUGGCCUUCAUAAUAACUGGUCCUCUGUUGAAAGGAUCUCGUCUCACCGAGAUAAGUGUAGAGCCAUACUACCAGUGGCUCGAGUCCCACUUCGUCCAAAAAAUCGUUUCAUGCCUCAUAUUGAUAUUAUUUCAAAGUUAGCAGUACUGUGUAGACGUUCUUCACCUAGAUCUCGAUCUGCUGAAGAAGCUUUAGAAUGUCGACCCGGUGAAGUUGAACGUAUCAGACGUCGCUUUGAAGCAAUGUCACUUCUAGGUCCUAUAUAUUCUUCUGCUCCUGAUGUGCGUGAACUACAGGAUAUUCCGCCAUAUCUAGCUUCCACUUGGAUUGCUCAUCGAUACCCAAAGCCUAGUGAUAACAACAGAUCAAUUAAAGAUCCUUCAGUUUUCGUAAAAGGCAGUAAAUCGCCAAUUAAAAAGGAAACAAAGCAAUCGGUAUCAAAAGAAACGAAUCUUAGCUCUAAGUUAAAAUACGAUUCUGUAGAACAACAAAUAUUAGAUUCUUCGGCACAUCGUCCAGCUAGUCGCUAUGAGCCUCCUCGAACACCUCCUCGACCUCCGCCUGCUGCGUGGCUCUACCGUGUGGCCCCUUUCGUCACGCCAUCGCGCCCCACCGUCACAUUUCAAGAGACCGACUCAGCGCCAGAGCCGCCACGCAGAAUACCACACGGGAGUUAUUCAGACACAGAAUCACCCAGCCGCCGAUACGUGGAGAGCGAUGUGAACAUCCACUACAGAUGCCCGGUGCGCCAUGACCCGCUGCCGCUUGUACCGGAGCGGGAACUAGCGAGACAGCAGGCGGAACAUAUGAAACGGCUUUAUAGAGAGCAGAAGCGGAACAAGUACUUGCAGGAGCUUCAAGAUAUGCAAAACAGGCGUCACCAAGACAAUUUCAUGCCAUCACAGAAGACUGUAGUGCCCCUGAAUCGAUAUGACGAGGCCGAGAAACUAGUGGCCAGAGCAUUGUAUGCUUUCAACGGACAAACGAACCGAGAAUUAAGCUUUAAGAAAGGUGAUCUGAUAAAUGUUCGACGCCAAAUUGACACUAACUGGUACGAGGGCGAGGUGCACGGCAGAAUUGGACUCUUCCCAUAUAAUUAUGUUGAGAUAUUAAAAGGUGAUUAUGUCCACUCGCCUAAAAAGCCCAUGAUUAUUGAAGGUCAAGCCCGGGCUAAAUUCGAUUUUACGGCACAAACAAACCUAGAGCUACCACUAAAGAAGGGAGAAAUUGUGGUUCUGACGAGGCGCAUCGAUCACAAUUGGUGGGAGGGAAGAAACGGCACGAAAACUGGCAUUUUCCCGGACAGUUAUGUUACUGUGCUGCAAGAGCCCAGUCAAACGAAUCCCCCUGGCGGGGCGGCUGGUGCGGAGAAGCCGGGCGCGGCGCCGGGGGCGCACGGGCUGGUGAACGGCGCGGCGCGGCGCGCGCUGCAGCGGCACAGCUACACGCCGCAGCACAACAGCCCCGCGCUGGCCAACGCGCCGCCCGCCACCGCGCCGCUGCCCGGAUACGUGACGAAACCAACGCAAUCGAGCCUCACUCCAUCCGAACGUGGUUACGGCCCGCCGUCGAGCGCCGGGUUAGACCUCAACAACGCGGAGCCGCUUUACGUCGACACCAACGCUGAGGCCGUGCCAUAUCGAGCGAUGUACAAGUACCGUCCGCAAAAUCCGGACGAACUAGAGCUCCAGGAGGGCGACACCGUGUACGUGCUGGAGAAGUGCGACGAUGGCUGGUACGUCGGUUCCAGCCAGCGCACUGGACGCUUCGGAACUUUCCCAGGUAACUACGUUGAGCGCAUCUGA